AUGAGCCAAUUCAUUCAACGAAGGUCAGAGUCCUUAAAUUUGACUCCAAAAUACAGCGAUGACCGACAUGUUUUUGAACAACUUUUAAAAGAGAUUACCCUGUUUGAUCAGGAUGCAACUUCGCAGAAAAAUUCGAGGUCGAUCCCAGUAACCUUUGAAAUAAUUCAGAUUUUAGUCGAAGCUGGACUUUUCGUGUUAGAAAGUGAUGACUAUAAAAAUAUUUUAAUUCCUUCGAAUCUUCUUAAAGAAGCGAAACAGUCAAUCCAAUGUUUAAUGUUGAUUCUGAAAAAUUGUCCUGAAGUUUUAUGUGAAGAAACGCCCUGCGGUGUUUUACUCACCUGGUUACUUCCCCGUACCAUUUUUGUUUUUAAAAAUUUUCAGCUAGCUGAUUUAUUUGAUGAUAUUUGUGAAUUGCAUCACACACUUUUCCAUUUGCUUUUUGUCAAGGACUAUCUCUGGCCUUUUCAAACAGUUUAUUUGCAAACAUGGAAAUAUUACAUUGAUACAAUUUCUUCUUCCUUAUUAGAAACUACAAACCUUUCUUUUCCUUUGCGAAUGCUACCUCUCGACCCACGUCCAUUGCUAUCGGGUGGGGGAAAAUUCGAUGGUAAGGAAGAAUCUAACUUUCCGAUUAUUAUUCAUAACUAUCAGGAAGCUUGCUCGUUUUAUCUUGAAAGCGUCCAUGUUUUCGCCAAGUAUUUUGCUCCUACCAAUAAACUUGACGAUGUGUCUCUAAAUUUUUUGAAUGGUUAUUGGAUCAAGCCCAAGUAUUUGAAUUUUCUUUUCCUCCUCAAAAAAUUAGCUAUAACUGACACUUCUUGCUUAAUCCAUACCCGCUGUCGUUCUAUACAAUGCUUAAUUUUCUUUUUCUUAAAAUCUGCUAUUAUCCAAAAUUCACCUUGUCAGAAAACCAAGGAUUUACUACUAAUGUUUGCCAAAUCUUACCUUUUCUCAUUUUUACAUGUCUCAAGCUUUGUCGAUUAUACAUACGCUCUCUACUUUCUUUCUCUUUGUAUAUUACCAGCAUCGUGCUUUGAAUCUUUUCGUUCGUUUUCUAUGCAUCUACUAUCUUCUCAAACUUUAAUGACCAUUUGUAAUGAUGAACAUUCUGAUUCUCAUACAUCCGUUCUACUUUUCAGAUAUCUGUUGGAAGAUGCAAAAGAUAAUAUUUAUAAAAUUAUUUAUGAGAAAGGUAGAGGUUUGGGAAUUGAAAAAACAGAUAAACGUGGGUUCUAUACAUCUUCUUCUUUAAACCAACUAUUCUCCUUUGUGUUCUUUUUGGCUUAUCCUCUUUCAGCAAAAUCCAUUAUAGAAGUACCACCUGUCCAACCCUCUUCUUUUAAAUCUUUCCUUCAGUGGUUAUUGUCUUCCAGUACCUUCAACAUUCAUGAAGUCAGCUGUAAGUUUUCGGAUAUUCUAUCUAGUUUGACUUCAAUUUCUGAGCAGGAAUUACAAGAGUUUGAGCUAUGUUUAUGCAAGCAAAACGCAAGUAAUGAGUCGUUAUCUUUUCAAGGCUGUCUUGUAUGCGAUUCUAAUGUGAUACAAUACCGGGAGAAAAAUACAAGACUUUUGGAUAUACCAUCAGUCGAAAUAUUUAUAACAUUAUUAGAUUCCGAUCUAACUAGGUGCUCAGAAACAAAGUUUUAUUUUGCAUUGAGGGCCUUCAAUCGUUGGUUAAAUCAUACCAAUCCUCAGUCUUUACUAGUCUCACACCAAAUAAAAGAGAAGUUAGUUCCCCUGCUCUCUAGUACGACCAGAUCGUUUCGGAUAUUAGCAGCUUCUAUCGUUCCGAAGGUUUUUUUUAAUCACUCUAUUCAAAAGGAUGUAGAUGUCCCACGGAUUAUCCGGAUGGAAGUGAUGAAGAGCUUAAAGGAUAUGUCUUCGAGUGAUAUUUCUUUAAUGGAAACAACUAUAAUUACGUGGGAGAAUGUUGGUCGAUUAGCAGAAGGCGAAGAGCUUCAUCUGGUUCUGUUACAAAUUAUCUCGACAGCAAUUGAAUUUGACAUAUACUACCAAGGUGUCUGUUUGCAUGCCCUUCAAAGUAUUGCUCGUUCAAGAAGAGUUUCUGUUUGGAAAUUACUAUCUCCUUACUGGCCUACAAUUUCUGUAACUAUCAUCAGAGGUAUGACUUCCAAACCAAAUAUUGUUGGGCUAUUUGCAGAAGCAAUGGAUAUAUCUGAAAGUGAUUUUUUAAUUCGCACUCAGUCCUAUACACUUCCUUACCUUGUCUUAACAAAAAACCAUCAUGUUAUUUCCCGGAUCGCUGAAUUAUCACAAACGGAUGUUGCAGCUUUAUGUCUGACUAAUAUGCAUAAAAUUUUGGCCGUUUUACUAACCGCUGAUUACCCAAAUUUGGAAGAAAGUGUCAUGCUGUUAUUAAGUCUGGCUUCCUCAGAUUUUCGAAAAAUUGACCUUACUUCAUUAUUAAGGUCCGAUCCUAUAGCUCUAACCGUAGAAUUACUUCAAUUGUAUAACUCUGGAGUUCCUAGGGAGAAAAUUGAAAACGCUUUAAAGAAGGUAGCCUUGAUGGUAUCUCAGCCAUCACCUGAAACUUCAGAAUAUAAUGAAGAUAAAUUGCUUCACGAGUUCUUUAAUAAUCAUAUUUUAGGAAUCCUAGCUGAAUUUUCAAAUAUUCUGAAUGAUUUAAAAGGAAAAACCUCUGUUAAUGAUAAAAUACGCACAAUUAUUGGGAUACGAGAAAUGUUUACCCUCUCCGGUAACGCUAUUAAAUUAGGCUUGCCUCAAAUAUUGUCGAGCCUACAAAACGCUUUUCAGGAUGAUACGUUACGCUCAUAUGCCAUUGAUACUUGGUUUCAGUUGGUAUCUUACAUUAAUGAACCUGAAUACACUUCCAUAGCUAGUCUCAGCCUAGUGCUUUUCCCAAUUUUGCAUAAAAAUCUUAGAGAACAAGAGGCAGAGACAGUGCAGAAAAUCUUUGAUUUUAUUGCGUCUGACCCUCAUAAUUGUUUGUCCGAAUUAAGGUGGGCGAUUCCUACUACUUUAAACUUGCCAUGCUUUAAGGAGAGCACUAGGAGUAUAUUCUCUAGUUUGCAAAGUGAUGAUUUUUUCGUCAACAUUGAAGAUAUUAUUAAAUGUCUAAGAAAUGAGCACGAAUCGGUAUGUUACCUAGGUCUUCAAAAACUAGAUAUCUUUUUAGAAAGCAAGCAAGAAGAAUUACAUGAGGUUCUCUACUUGGAUGCUUCCGACUCCAUUUUAGAUCAAUUACUGCGUUGCUUACUUGACUGCUGUAUAAAAUUUGCCCAUGGUAAUGUUGAGAUAGCUAAGCUGUGCACUCGAAACAUUGCGAAACUCGGUGCAGUUGACCCUAGUCGUUUAGAAGCUAGGAGUAAUAUACAACAAACAGUUGUUUUAGAUAACUUCGAAGACGGCGAAGAAAGUUUACGGUUCAUAUUGGAUUUUAUUCAGUCUCAACUAAUUCCUGCAUUUCUUGUGACAACCGACACGAAAGCUCAGGGAUUUAUAGCCUACGCUUUGCAGGAAUUUUUAAAAUUAGGGGGAUUUAAAUCCGCUGUGCUAAACAAUAAGAAAAGUACAUCAUUAUCCAUAGUUGCAGAGCAUUGGAAAGCUUUACCUGACCUUUCUAAGCGAGUACUUAUUCCUUUUCUGAAUUCCAAAUAUCAUCUUACUCUUGUCCCUAAAUUGGAUAUUAACUUUCCAUUAUUUAAGCAGAAUAUGGACACUCACUCAUGGGUUCAAGAAAUUUGUUUAAAGCUGACAGAGUAUCCUCAUUCUCAGAAUGCCGAUAGAAUAUUCAGUAUAUGUUCCAAAGUGAUUAAGGAUCAAGAAAUGUCAAUACCUUGCUUUUUACUUCCGUUUUUGGUUUUAAAUGUUGUGAUAACCGAGAAAGACGAAAUUGUUGAGUUAGUCAUUGCUGAAUUUCAGUAUAUAAUAAAUCAACCCAGUCCUAACGGAUUUGAUUCUAUUGGAAAGCAGCGAUAUGCGUCAUUUGUCAACUUGUUUUUCAACAUUGUUGAUUACUUAAACAACUGGCUUCGUAUGCGAAAAAAGAGAAAUUGGAGUAGGCGUUCUGCCUUAGCUAGAAGAGAAAACCGAUAUAUGUCUGUUGAUGACUUGACUACUCAAGAGAACGCUGUCAGUAAAGUAGAAAAUUUCCUUCUUCGCUUUCCUUCAAAAACACUAGGUCUCGUAUCUUUGAACUGCGGAUUUCAUGCUCGAGCUUUAUUUUAUUGGGAACAGCACAUCAGGACUGCCCUUUUAGAAAAACCGGGAUCUCUUUUAGAUUCAGAUUAUCGUGUUUUACAAGACGUUUAUACAGGUAUAGAAGAUCCAGAUGGGAUCGAAGCAGUUUCUCUGAAUUUUCAUGACUAUUCCUUAGAUCAACAACUUCUAUUGCAUGAAAAUUCUGGUAAAUGGGAUUCGGCACUUAGUUGUUACGAAAUACUCGUUCAGAAUUACCCAGAAAAUCAUAGGGCCAAAGUUGGGCUGUUGAAUGCGAUGCUACAAUCUGGACAUUACGAAUCCUUAGUGUUGUCCGUGGAUUCACUAAUGGAAACAGAUUCUGAAGCAAGCACUUCAUCUAAAAUUAUUGAUUUAGGAAUUGAAGCAGCAUGGCAUUCGCUGUCGGUUAACUCCCUUCAGAAAUGCAUACAAAAAAGUAAUUUACAAACUUUUGACGCCAAGCUAGGAGAAAUAUUCCGAAACUAUUUGUUAAAAGAUUCAGAUUUGGCGACACUGGAACGCCAGUUGGAGCCCUUGUAUGCCGAGGCUGCUUCUAUAAUUUCGAAUAUUGGAGCUCAUUCUUCUUAUGAUUGCUAUGAAAUGCUUUCAAAACUUCAUGCACUCUAUGACUUCAGUAAAAUAGCUAAAACUGAUUCAAGUCCAAGUGCUCAGGAAAAUCUCGAGACUUUCCUUCACCGUCGACUUAAUAAGGUGGCCCCUUAUGGAAGAUAUAGACAUCACAUUUUGUCGACACACUUGGUUGCUUUCAGUCGAUUUAAAUUACAUGAAAAGUUAGCUGGCAUCUACUUAGAAAUUGCUAGAUUUUCAAGAAAGAAUGGACAGGCACAAAGAGCCUACAAUGCUAUUUUAAAAGCUAUGGAGCUUGAUAAACCUCAAGCUACUAUUGAACAUGCUAGAUGGUGGUGGCAUCAAGGGCAACAAAGAAAGGCCAUAGCCGAAUUACAUUCAUCUUUGGAAAACAACAUUUUCGAUGGAGAAUCUUUUAAUAUAAAAAACAAGAAGGCAACCCAAACAGGAAACCCGUUUAAAGGUAAAGUUUAUCUGGAGCUUACUAAAUGGCUAGGAAAAGCCGGUCAGUUAGGACUUAAGGAUUUGGAAACUCAUUACUCUAAAUCUGUCGAAAUUUAUUCCGAGUGGGAAAAAAACCAUUACUAUUUAGGACAUCAUCGUGUACUAAUGUUUGAGGAAGAAAAGAAACUUCCUGUUUACGAGCAAAGUGAAAGGUUCCUUUCUGGUGAACUGGUAACUCGCAUAAUAAACGAGUUUGGUCGUUCUUUAUAUUACGGGACCAGCCAUAUUUACGAAAGCAUGCCCAAGCUUUUGACUUUGUGGUUGGAUUUCGGAGCUGAGGAAUUACGGCUUUCGAAAGAUGAUGGUGAAAAAUACUUUCGUGAACAUAUAAAUAUAUCACGAAAAAAAUCAUUAGAGUUGAUGAACUCUAAUAUAUGUCGAUUAGCAGUCAAAAUUCCUCAAUACUUUUUUCUUAUUGCUCUUUCCCAAAUGAUAUCUCGGAUUUGCCAUCCGAAUAAUAAAGUCUAUAAAAUUUUGGAGCACUUAGUUGCCAACGUUAUAGCGACUUAUCCAUGUGAAACGCUUUGGCAACUAAUGGCUACUAUCAAAUCCAUUUCCCAAAAGCGGUCUGUUCGAGGAAAAAGCAUAUUGAAUGUUCUUCAAUCUAAAAAGGUUGCAAUUACUUCAAAGAUUGAUCUUAGGGUAUUAAGUCAGUCCGCCAUAUUACUGACAGAGAAGUUGGUGGAUUUAUGCAACACUCGAAUAGACAGCAAAGCUGUCAAAAUGAGUUUAAAGAAUCAUUUCAGAAUGGUAUUUGAUGCACCUGUCGAGCUCGUGAUACCUGCCCGCUCUUUUUUAAAUAUUAGUUUACCUGCUAUGGAUGCCAAUCGAAGUACCCACCAUCCUUUCCCAAAAAAUCAGCCUGAGAUUUUAAAAUUUGAGGAUGAUGUUGAUAUUAUGAAUUCUUUGCAAAAACCGAGGAAAGUUUAUGUUAGAGGUACCGAUGGUAAUGUAUAUCCAUUUUUAUGUAAACCAAAGGACGACUUGAGAAAAGACGCUCGAUUAAUGGAGUUCAACAAUGUGAUCUGUAAAAUACUACGUAAAGACCAAGAGGCCAACAGAAGAAAUUUGUGUAUACGAACUUACGUUGUGAUUCCCCUAAACGAGGAGUGCGGCUUUAUUGAAUGGGUUAACCAUACUCGUCCCUUUAGAGAUGUAUUGUUGAAGAACUAUCGACAGAAGAAUAUUCCUAUAUCCUAUCAGGAAAUUAAAGUCGAUUUGGAUAUGGCUUUAAGAAGUCCAAAUCCGGGAGAAACUUUCGAAAAAAAGAUGCUUCCAAAGUUUCCUCCCGUUUUUUAUGAAUGGUUCGUUGAAUCAUUUCCGGAGCCAAACAGUUGGGUCAAUAGUCGUCGAAAUUACUGUCGAACUUUAGCCGUAAUGUCUAUUGUUGGAUAUGUUUUAGGUUUGGGUGAUCGACAUGGAGAAAAUAUACUUUUUGAUGAGUUUACCGGUGAAGCUAUACACGUGGAUUUUAACUGUCUUUUUGAUAAGGGCUUGACAUUUGAAAAACCAGAGAAAGUUCCUUUUAGACUAACGCACAAUAUGGUAGACGCUAUGGGACCAACCGGUUACGAAGGCGGUUUUCGUAAGGCAAGCGAGAUAACAAUGAAACUCCUACGAUCGAAUCAAGAUACCCUAAUGAGUGUUCUUGAAUCUUUCCUUCACGAUCCUUUAGUGGAAUGGAACAGGCGAAAAAUUACAGGAAGGUAUCCUGGCAACGAAGCCAAUGAAGUUUUAGACACAAUUCGAAAAAAAUUCCAAGGUUAUAUGCCCGGUGAAACCAUUCCUCUUUCGGUAGAAGGACAAAUUCAAGAGUUAAUUCGAUCUGCAGUUAGUCCUAAAAAUCUCGUUGAAAUGUAUAUUGGCUGGGCAGCUUAUUUUUGA